AUGUCGAUAGUUGUUGAUAUGAUAGCGGAAGUAAAUAUUAUUCACACAUACAAAAACUUUGAAGAAAAAAAUAAAGAGGCCAUUUAUAAGUUUGUUCUUAGUGACACUGCGGCAGUUUGCGGGUUUGAAGCCACAAUAGAUGAUAAAAGAAAAGUUAUAGGGAUAGUUAAAGAAGCCGAACAGGCAAAGAAAGAAUACGAAGAAGCUAUCAAAUGUUCCGUUGGUAACAUUAAACACGGCCAAAAAGUUGAAAUCAAAAUUAAAUAUGUGAUUGAGCUUCAGCACGAUUUAGAAGUUAAUAGUGUCCGAUUCAUUUUGCCAGCUACUAUUGCCCCAAAAUAUGGCUCUUAUUUUUUUAAUCAUAAAAGGAUGUGUCUUUCUACCAAAAUUUCAGAUUCAUCGGAUUAUUUCCCUAUUGAGUUUUUUAUAACUUGUAGGAUGAGUUCAUCGAUUUAUAGUAUCAAGUCUCCUUCUCACCAUGACCAUGUUUCUAUAGAUGAUAAAGAAAAAGACCUAGGAAUAUCUAAAGUUACAUCAAACAAAGGAAAUCUUUAUUAUUUUGAAAACGAUUUUAUACUUCUCAUUAAAAGUCAAGAUAUUGAUAAGCCCAGAGCAUUUAUCGAAUAUAAUCCCAUAACCGAGACUCAUUGUUUAAUGCUUACUUUGGUUCCAACAUUUAAGCAUAAAUUAAUUAAGCCUGAUUCAAUAAAGAUGGAACUUAUAUUUAUUGUUGAUAGUUCAAGGUCUAUGAAAGGUGCAUCGAUUGAAAAAGUAACCAAAACACUUCAGUAUUUGCUCCUUUCACUUCCAGAAAGUUGUUUCUUCAAUGUGAUAACAAUUGGGCACAAGCAAUUUUUCAGCUAUUUUAUGGAAAGUCAACCAUGCACGAAAACAAAUAUUGAAGAGGUUAUCAAAAAGAUUCAAAAAAUAACUGCAAAUGGUGGCACUCAUCUUUAUGAAGCUCUAAAAUGGGCAUUUAAAUAUUCACUUCCUGAUAUGCCGACAUCAAUUAUUCUAUUCUCAGAUUUUGAGACAUUGCAUAUCAACCGAAUUGUUGAUCUUAUAAAAAAUCCAGAAAUGAAAAAAGAUUUAAGAAUAUUUUCAAUCGGAAUAAAUAAUUCUAAUUCUAAUUGCCAUCAUUUCAUUGAUUCUAUUGUCGAGCUGAAUUCAUUAAAUCCUCCUGUAUCAGAUUAUAAAAUUACAUGGACUAAUGAAUCUAAUGAAGAAUCUCAGAAUAAUGAUAUUAAAUUUCAGCAAGCUCCAUUAAAAAUUCCAGAACUUUACGUUGGUGAUCGUUUCAUAGUUUAUUGUAUAUUAGCAAAAGAUGUUAAACCAUGCGAAACGAUUACAUUAGAAUCAAAAUCCCAAGGCCCUUUACCUGAUUUGGAGCCAAUUAAACCAAUUUCUUUGUAUGGAUCAAAAAUUCAUACACUUGCGGCCAAAAAACUUAUUCAAGAAAUUGAACAUGGUAAUUAUUAUUCUAAUUAUGCAAAUAAUAAAGAUUUUGUUCGUGAACAAAUUGUGCGCUUAGCAAAAUCUUAUAAUCUGAUUGAAAAUAAAAAAGACAAAGAACUUAAAAAAGGUUACGAGAAAAAAAUAAUAACAGAAUUUGUGAAAGAACCCGAGAAUCAAAAUGCUAUAGAAAUUAAAAACAAAGAAUGUGAAAAAGCAAUGAUGAUUGAAAAGUGUAAAGAAUUUCAAAGAAAAAUGGAAUUAAAAAAAGAAAAACUCAAAAAAAGAAACGCAAUAGAGAGUCAAAAAAAAAUUGAACUGCAAAAAAAACAACUCAAAAAGGGCAAAGCAAUAAAUCUUGAGAAACAGAAAGCUGCCCGUCAAAAAGCAAUAAGCGAAAUAAUUGAAGAAAAUAAGAAAGAUGAAAUACCAAAAACUGAAAAACCUAUUAAAAACUUUUUCGGUGGCCUUUAUGAUAAAGCUGCCAAACUUGGCGAUCAACUUGAAAAUGCCCUCGAUGACCAUGAGAAAGCGGAAGCACUCAUUGUCGUUGAAGAAUCAGGCACUCCUGAAAAAUGCAAAGAAAUCGUUUCAGACGAAAAAGAUGAUGGCUGCAUUGAAUUAGAUGAUUCAGUUUGUAAUGAACUAGAUACUCCUAAAGAAAACAUUAUUAACACAAUUCAAAGGAUAGCUAAAAAUGAUAAGCUUAAAACACCUGAGCGUAAAUCAACUCUUGAACCUUCUAUUAGCAUUCCAUACCUUAAGAAAGCAGCACCCCAUCACGAAGAAUUGUUGGAGCUUGUUGAGAAUUACCAUCCUAGACAAUUUAAAUUUCCCCUUCGUAAUAUUGAUCAAGAUGAUCAACAACUUUGGAGCCAUGAAGAUGGUUGGUUAAUUAACAGGAAAACGAAGUUAUGUCUGGAAGUAGAAUCAGUAAAAGAAGGAAUUUAUCUCAGUGUACACCACAAGAGAAGCCUAAACCAGGCCAAUAACCAACGUUGGAUCCUUACUCCAGAAGGACGUAUCGCUUUAAAAAAUAAUCCCAUGUUCGUGAUUGAAGUUCUAGGAACAACUGUAAAUGAUGGGAUCACAUCUUAUUCUGGUCAAUACUAA